GCGCGCGUGGAGGAAUCAAGGAAGUGAAGUCUGGCAAAGUUUUCGUCCGGGACGUCGCGGAGCACGCGCUAAGCGCUAACUCCAGUGCCACACAGUGAUUUGACGGGGAGACGCCGACGCCGCGUCGCGUGGGGGUUCGAACCGGGGGCUGGAGCGGUUUCCGGGCGCACCUUGUCGCGUCGCUCAGGUGAAUAUUCACUUUUGGGGGGGGUUCCUGGAGUUCCUGGCCGCAGCCGCUCUCUCCGCCUCCGCUCCGCGCUGUCAGGAGCCUCUGGGCUUUUCACAGAGGACAUGACUCGCUUUUUCUCCACAGGAUGAGCAGCACCAGCGGAGCCCGGGACCCUGAGCAGGAUGGACCGGCCUGCGUUGUGCAGAUCUACUCCAGGCUCCUGCAGGACGCCUCUGCCAGCUGCCUCCUGCAGAUCGGCGCCGCGGACUCGACGCGCACCGUCAUCGGCAACGCCGUGUCCGCCAUGGGCCUGGAGCCGGGCCGGGCGUACAGCCUGCUGGAGGUCCGGCGGAGCGGCCGGGACGCGAGGCCGCUGGAGGCCCGGGACCGCCCGCUGCAGCGGGUGCUGCUGUGGCCCGCGGAGCUGCAGCGGUGGCACCCGCCGAGCCGCGGCCACUACUUCGUCCUGCAUGAGCAGCAGGUCAGCAGCGGAGACGAGGGCGCCCGCGAGCGGGACGACGACCUCUGCGACCUCGCGGCUGUGACCGAGGAGAACGUCCUGCAGGUUCUGCACCGGCGGUUCGACCGCCUCAAAAUAUACACCUACACCAGAAACAUCCUGCUCGCCGUCAACCCCUACAAGUUCCUGCCCGACUACUACAACCCCAAGUACGUGAAGAUGUACGAGAACCAGCCGCUGGGCAAACUGAGCCCCCACGUCUUCGCCGUCGCCGAGGCGGCCUAUCGCGCCAUGCUGAGCCGGCAGGCGGACCAGUGCAUCGUCAUGUCGGGAGAGAGCGGGUCCGGGAAGACGGAGAGCAGCGGUUUCCUCAUCCACUGCCUGACCGCGCUCAGCCAGAAGACCUGCUCCAGUGGGCUGGAGCGGACCGUGCUCGGCGCCGGCCUGGUGCUCGAGGCCUUCGGCAACGCCAGGACCGCCGAGAACAACAACUCCAGUCGCUUUGGGAGGUUCGUCCAGCUCAACUUCCUGGAGAGCGGCGUCAUCAGAGGGGCGGUUAUUGAGAAGUACCUGCUGGAAAAGUGCCGCCUGGUGUCCAAGAAUAAGAAUGAAAGGAACUUCCACGUGUUCUACUACCUGCUGGCUGGUGCGUCCAUAGACGAGCAGGAGGACUUUCAUCUCCUCAGGCCACAGGACUAUCUCUACCUCAAGCAGAAGGAUCUUUGCUUCGACGAUGAGGACAAACUGGGCCAUGAUUACAAACGGCUCCAUCAGGCCAUGGAGAUGGUUGGAUUCCUGCCUUCCACCAAGAAACACAUAUUUUCCAUCCUCUCCUCCAUCCUGCUGCUGGGCAACGUGACCUACACGGCGUCAGAGCACAGUCAGGACCUGGAGGUUGGACCUGCAGACGUCCUGUCCACACUGUGUGACCUGCUCAAGGUGAAACAGGAAAAUCUAGUGAAAGCUUUGACUAAGAGGACAACAGUGACCACCAAGGCCACCGUAGUUUCACCGUACACACUCCAGCAGGCUUUCAAAAUACGCGACUCCAUGGCCAAGUCUCUGUACGGCGCGCUCUUUGACUGGAUCGUCCUUCACAUCAACCAUACAUUGCUCAAUAGACGGGACAUGGAGGAGUCUGUCUCUUGUUUGUCCAUUGGUGUCUUGGACUUAUUUGGAUUCGAGAACCUACAGACGAACAGCUUAGAGCAGCUCUGCAUCAACUACGCCAAUGAAAAGCUCCAGCAUUACGUCACCCAGAUCAUCUUCAAGCUUGAUCAGGAGGAGUAUGCGUCAGAGGGCAUCACUUGGCAAAACAUCAACUACACUGACAACAGUGGCUGCAUAGAGCUGAUCAGCGGGAAACCAACAGGACUGUUUGACCUGCUGGAGAGAAGUGUCUGUCAGACCACAGAUGAAACCCUGUUGGACAAGUUGACACAGCACCAUCAGGACAACAAAUGCUUUGUACUCUCCCCCAUCAGAAGGCUGACUUUUGGCAUUCAGCACUUUGCUGGGAGGGUUUAUUAUGACAUCAAGGAUUUUAGAGAGAAAAACACGGAGCACAUGCGCCCUGAGGUGGUCUCACUGCUGCGGAGCAGCGAUCGAGCCUUCCUGCGUCACCUCAUCGCAUCCAAUCCCAUCAUGCUGUUCAGAUGGGGAAUUCUGCGAGCCACCAUCCGCAUCGUCUCGGUUUUUAAGAUGAUGGGACGCCAGCGAGCGCAGUCACUCGUUGUCAGGCGAAAAUCCCUCAAAUCCCUCAGCGAAACGAGACACAGAAGCAGCGCUGUAGACAGACUGUCCAGUGUAAAUCUGGAUUUUUCAUUUGAUAACGCUGAUGAAAAUCCACUGGAAGUGUUUGAAGACAUCUUUGCCACUUUUGAAAUGAGAAAGAAAAACAGAGGCAGUCGAAAGAAGCAAGUCAUUCCAAAGAACCUCAUGAACGUGCGCUCACUCCAGCACGUUGUCAGUCUCACUGCACACGACCGAACCAGCAAAUCCACCUUCCACCCUCACCUGAGGACAAAGCCCCUCACGAUGAGCGCUCGCUUUCAGGCCUCAGUGCAAAUGCUGAUGGAGACCAUUGAAAAAGCAGAGCCUUUCCUCAUUUUCUGUGUGCGCUCCAAUUCUAAAAAGGAGGAGCUGCAGUUUGAUGAAGAUCUGGUGCUCCAUCAAAUCAGGUAUAUGGGCAUAGUGCAGAUGGUUGAAGUUCAGAAGUCUGGCUACAGUGCAAAGUACACAUUUAAGGAAUUUGCUGAGAAAUUCAGGAUGCUGCUUCCUAAAGGAUGCCCUGCAACCCAGGAAAGCAUAACUUAUCUACUUGAGGGGAUGGAGCUGGAUAAGAGCACCUAUCAAAUAGGCAAAAGCAAGGUGUUCCUCAAAGAAAAGGAAAGGCAGCUGCUUCAAGAUACGCUUAACAGAGAAGUGAUGCGACACAUCAUCACGCUGCAGCGCUGGAUCCGCUCCGUUCUGUUGAGGAUCCACUAUCUGCAAAGCAGAGAUGCCAGGAGGAUCAUGGAGAGAAACUGGCGUGAGUUUUACCUGUUUGAGAACCGAGCUGCUACAGUGAUCCAGACGGCGUGGAGGAGCUCUCAGAAGAGGUUAAAGGAGCACCGUGAGCAGGAGGAGGCGGCCAAACUCGGACAAGACAGCAGCUCGACUAAAACGCUACCAAAGCAGAACAAAGUGGAGCAGAGCCCCAACAGGACUCAGCAGCCAGACCCGGACGAUGGCCAGUCCGUGCAGCCGCAGAGGGACGGGCAGGAGGGCAGAGCCCCCCUCGCUCUGCUCAAUAGACCCUUCUCCGUCCCAGAGGACACCACGCUUGCCUCUGACAACCGCUCCUCCAGCCUCACAAAGAGCAGCUCCCUCCAGCGCUCCAGCAAAGACCCUGGGGACAUGAAGGAGAAGCGCGAGAGGUGGAAGGAGCGGUACAGUGAGGACCAGAGAGGGGAAUCAGUCCCCGAACUAUUCAGGGGACGAUACAGUGCAAAAGACAUUUCCCUCAAAAUGAAGUCGUUUUCAGUUGAUGACAUGUCCCACGUCCACUCCUCAGGUUCUGAUAUCUCCUCUUCUACCAGUGAGGUCACAGUGCGUCCGAGCAACCAUCCCAAGCGCAAGCGCCACUUGGCCAACACCCGCAGCCAUUUGAUGUUUAACUGGAGGCUGUCUGAGGAGGAUGAGUGGUGGAACUUUCCGCUGCCUCCAGACAGCCCCCUUGAGCCCAACCAGAAGAUCUCGGCCAGUCUGGCCGCCGAUCUGGACCUAGAAUCCCGGGUCAAGAUACAAAUAGAACCCGAUGGGAUGGGCUUCUGCAUUCCGAGCAGGUCCUCGUCUGAGGACCUGGGACAGCACGAGUCCAGCCACUCACCUUUGACCACGCCUGAGAGGAUUUGGUUUAUCGGAAGGUUCCUGAAGAAACGAGCUGCCAAACACCAAACACCAAACAAUGAGUCCUCGGAUAAAACCGUCACGCUGCCCAGGUACAAUACACACCCGUACUACGCACCAAACCAAAACCCCAAAGCCUCUCGAAACCCCACCAUCCGGAUCAGCCGAGCCACACGGGCGGUGGAUAUAAAUGCGUCGCUGGACCGUGUGAUCACAGACCCCAAGGAGCUGCGAAUCCUGGACGAAUUCCUCGGCAAUCAGGUGAAUGAGCUGCAGACAAGAAUGAAAAAACUCUCGCCAACAGAGAACAUCUUCUUCCAAGCCACCAAGGACUUCAGGGAGACCAUCAAAGGCAUGUACUCCCUGGAGAAGCCCCAGAUCGGCUACAAGGAUCUGAUGAAGGGCUACCACACCACCGUGUGCACGCUGGCAGGCGCUCAGCAGGAGGCGGAGGUCCCGAUGGUGGUCAACCUGUUUCAGUCUGUGCUGGAUGGCUUCAUCAGGGGAGAGCUGAAACGAAUGGAGUCUGAACCGUCCAAGGCUACUAAGACGAAGAGGAAGGGCAGUAAAUGCCUCGAUCUCCUGGAUCAUCCGUUCAGCACGUACCAGGUGAACGUGGUGCAGACGUGUGAUAUUUGUACGUCCCACAUCAGGGGAAUGGAGAAAGCCUGCAUCUGCAGCGCCUGUGAUUUGGUGUGUCACAAGAAAUGCCUGAACAGAAUCGAAACGCACUGCUCUAAACGUGCAAAACAGAAUGGCAGCUUGUCGGGCUCCCUUUACUUUGGAGUGCAGGUGUCAGCGCUCAUCAGUGACACCAACCCGGUGCCCAAGGUGAUGGAGAUGCUGCUGUUUCACGUGGAGCUCAACGGCCUCUACACCGAGGGGAUCUAUCGCAAAUCGGGCUCUGCAUGUCGCGCAAAGGAACUCCAGCACGUCCUGGAUACUGAUCCGGAGCAUGUGUGUUUAGAAAACUAUCCCAUCCACACCAUCACAGGCCUGGUUAAACGCUGGCUCAGGGAGCUCCCUGACCCGCUCAUGACCUUUUCCCGCUACGGCGACUUCCUUCAUGCUGUGGAGCUGCCGGAGAAAGCGGAAAGAAUAAAGGCUAUUUACCAAAAAAUUGAUGAACUGCCACCUGCUAAUUACGCCACAUUGGAGCGGCUCAUCUUUCACCUUGUCAGGGUGGCGAAGGAAGAGGAGCACAACAAGAUGUCCCCAGAGGCUCUUGCUAUCGUGUUUGCUCCCUGCAUCCUGCGGACUCCUGAUUCCGACGAUCCCUUCCUUUGCAUGAAGGACGUGCCCAGGACAACACUGUGUGUGGAAACCCUGAUCUGUGAGCAGUUGAGACGCUACACAGAGAAGAUGAAGAAUAUCAACGAGCUGGAGUUUGCAGAAGCUUUGGCUGUCAAUCAGCUCAAACUGAGGAGACAGAAUACGGUUGUUGAGAGGCCACCCGGGCUGCACGUCCCAGAGCCUGAUGCCGACGAAAUGGAGAAAACUCUGAUUGAAAGAAUCAAGUCCAUCAAGCAAGAAAAGGUUGACUUGGUGAUUGGAUUACCUGAUCUGGAGCAGGACAACUUUGACAACUUUGACAGCGAUAUCCUGAUGUCAUCAUUAAACUCUGAUAGUUUAGAGGACAUUCUGAGGAGCAUGGGAUGGGAAGGAAAGGCUGCCAUGCAGCCAACAACCAAGGAACCUGAGCGCCAGGAUAACGCUACUGGCACGAUGCCGGCAGUCCGAAGUGUCAGGGCUCAGACAGAUGUCCACAUCACGCCAGAUGUUGCACAGUCCAGGAACAGACAAGGUCUCUCUUCUCAAACCAACCAGGGCACUAGGGAGAGUUUCAGUGGGAGACUUGACCCUGACAUUCCUUACAUUGAUGAGGAUGAGGUUUAAAGCCGAACCUAACCCAAGCUUUAACAGUUUGAAAAGUUUGAAUACUCUCAGAAGAUUUGUGCCAUGCAAAAAAAAAACUGUGAACUCUUUCAUCAUGUGAACUGUUCCUCUAAAGGCUUUUAUGUCAAAUUUGAAGAAACAAUAAUAAUGUCUCAGACCUUCAGAUACACUGUAUGUGAUGUUUUUAUACAUAUUUCACAUUUGUAAAAUACACAUUUUAUAAACAAACAUGAUGCUGGGAGCAGUUGAGGAUACUAUUACAUUAGUCAUUAAUGGAUGCUACUCUGAACACUGGUACCAAUGUGGGUUCAUACUGUUUGUAGAAAAAAAAAACAUUAAGAGUCUAUUUUGUAUAAAGUGGGUCUACAUUACUGUAUAUUGUGUUGCUUGUUGGAACUUCAUCCAUAUCUGUGCAUAUGAGGCUGUUAAGUUGCAUUUUUCAUGACAGGCCAUAAAUGUUCUGCGUUAAUUGACUGAAAACAUUUUCAUUUCAUUUUGUCGCUUAUCUUUUAUUUUGCAAAUCUGCUCAGUUUAGUCCACUUCGUUUUAGCUGUACAUGUAGGCUCUUCAUCUUCAUAUUGCGUUGGGGUAAGAAUCAAGCACACUGACGUUUGCUUGCUUGUCUCUCUAAGGCUACUGCCAAUAACACAUGUAUUCACUUUCAUAAUACCAAUAAAGCAAAAACUGUUACUGGGACAGUUUUUGUGAAAGAUUCUGUUCAAUACUUGUGUAAAUACUUAUCUUCUAGCGUUGCCUAUUGGUGAUAAUAACAUGUAUAUAACAGAAAGCUUAUGAAAACUGUUGGGUUUAUAGACAUUGUACUGAAAAGAUGCAAUUGUUGGCUUCAUUUAAAAAUUUGUUACAAAUUCAAAUAAAAAAAUGCUUUAACUUUA